UUGAUGAUAACAUUGUAAGGUAUAGGUUUCUCGAAGUAUCACGACAGUUACUGAUUCGACGUAUCUGACAACACAUCAAAGAUGGCAAAGCAAGUUCACACUUUUAUAAUCAUCAUUGUAGUAGUUACAUCCACUAUUUUAUACUCAGGAAGUGCAUUGAAAUGUUAUCAAUGCAACUCGCUGGAAAACAAGGACUGUUUAGAGGGUCCACUGCUAGAUACAAUGAUUAUAGAAUGUAGAUUACCAUCAACGCCAACGAGCAGCAGCGCUCCACCAACGGGCAGCAGCGCUCCACCAACGGUCAGCGGUCCUCCACCAACGGCCAGCGGCCCUCCACCAACGGCCAGCGGUCCUCCACCAACGGGCAGCGGCGCUCCUCCAACGGGCAGCAACGCUCCAUCAACGGGCAGCGGUGCUCCAUCAACGGGCAGCGGCGCUCCACCAACGGGCAGCGACGCUCCAUCAACGGGCAGCGGCGCUCCACCAACGGUCAGCGACGCUCCAUCAACGGGCAGCGGUGCUCCAUCAACGGGCAACGGCACUCCACCAACGGGCAGCGACGCUUCAUCAACGGGCAGCGGCGCUCCACCAACGGGCAGCGGUGCUCCAUACACGGGCAGCGGCACUUCACCAACGGGCAGCGACUCUCCAUCAACGGGUAGCGGUGCUCCACCAACGGGCAGCGACGCUCCUCCAACGGGCAGCAACGCUCCAUCAACGGGCAGCGGUGCUCCAUCAACGGACAGCGGCACUCCACCAACGGGCAGCGACGCUCCACCAACGGGCAGCGGCGCUCCAUCAACGGGCAGCGGUGCUCCACCAACGGGCAGCGACGCUCCUCCAACGGGCAGCGGCGCUCCACCAACGGGCAGCGGCGCUCCAUCAACGGGCAGCGGUGCUCCACCAACGGGCAGCGGUACUUCACCAACGGGCAGCGACGCUCCAUCAACGGGUAGCGGUGCUCCACCAACGGGCAGCGACGCUCCUCCAACGGGCAGCGGUGCUCCAUCAACGGGCAGCGGUACUUCACCAACGGGCAGCGACGCUCCAUCAACGGGUAGCGGUGCUCCACCAACGGGCAGCGACGCUCCUCCAACGGGCAGCGGUGCUCCAUCAACGUUCAGCGGUGCUCCAUCAACGGGCAGCGGUGCUCCACCAACGGGCAGCGGUACUUCACCAACGGGCAGCGACGCUCCAUCAACGGACAGCGGCCCUCCACCAAUGGGCAGCGGUGCUCCAUCAACGGGCAGCGGCUCUUCAUCAACGGGCAGCGACGCUCCAUCAACGGACAGCGGCACUCCACCAACGGGCAGCGGUGCUCCAUCAACGGGCAGCGGCGCUCCAUCAACGGGCAGCGGUGCUCCAUCAACGGACAGCGGCACUCUACCAACGGGCAGCGACGCUCCAUCAACGGGCAGCGACGCUCCCCCAACGGGCAGCGACGCUCCCUCAACGGACAGCGACGCUCCAUCAACGGACAGCGGCACUCCACCAACGGGCAGCGACGCGCCUCCAUCGGGCAGCGGCACUCCACCAACAGGCAGCGACGCUCCAUCAACGGGCAGCGGCGCUCCAUCAACGGACAGCGGCACUCCACCAAUGGGCAGCGGUGCUCCAUCAAUGGGCAGCGACGCUCCAUCAACGGACAGCGGCACUCCACCAAUGGGCAGCGGUGCUCCAUCAACGGACAGCGACGCUCCAUCAACGGGUAGCGGUGCCCCCCCAACGGGCAGCGACGCUCCACCAACGGGCAGCGGUGCUCCAACAACGGGCAGCGACGCUCCAUCAACGGGCAGCGACGCUCCAUCAACGGGCAGCGGCGGUCCACCAACAGGCAACAUUUUAUUAAUGAGCAUUUCGGAAGAUCCGAAUAAAAUGGCAAUAAACCACCAUAGUAGACUACGAAGGAGUGUUCUUCCAUACAUUCAACGAAAUACAUAUGCAGAAGAAGAAUGGAAUUGUGCUAUAAUUAAACAUUAUUACAGUAACAACACUGAAGCCACUGAACGUACUUGCAUUCUUUCCAAUUUUACAUGUACUGAUAGUGAUGGAUGUAAAAUUGUAAAACAAUGCAAUACAAAUGAGUGCAAUAAUGCUAAUGUGAUAUCAGUUAAUACGAUGACUUUAACGUGGCUUAUGCUUUCGUGGGUGGCUAUUAAUUUUAACUCUUACUAAUUCUUAUUAAUUUUUGAACUUGAAGUGCAGUGUCAUUGUAUCGUGUCUUAAAACUAAAAAAUAUCUUAAAACUUUGCUUAAAAAUCUUCAAGCAAAAAUCUAUAUUUAGGAGCUAAUGUAAAUAUAUUUAUCUAGUAAAUUUCAUCAAGUCAAGCGUUAUGUAUCAAGCAAAUAUAAAAAU